AUGUCCCAAAUCAUUGGAAACAGAGCCGCAUGGGUUAAGGAAAAAGGAGCGAGGCCCCUAGAAGUUGGGCCAGGGCCUAUACCAAACCCUGCCGAAAAUGAAGUCGUUAUACAGGUCGCUUAUACAGCCAUCAAUCCGGUCGACGUGAUAACUCAGGAGUCUCCGGUUAUAGAGCUGCCGUAUCCCUUCAUUCUAGGAGAGGAUGUAUCUGGUACAGUCGUUGCACUUGGCUCGGGUGUGACCCGAUUCAAGGUCGGCCAACGUGUCACGGGGCACUGCGAUGGUCUUGUCACCAAGAAAGCAACAAACGCCGCAUUUCAGCUGUACGCGACGUGCCUAGAACUGUUGGUUUGCCAUCUUCCAGAUUCUGUACCUUUAGUCAACGCCGCGGUGCUCCCCCUUGCGGUCUCCACUGCUGCAACGGGCUUGUUUUCUGUCCUCAAGAUGCCUUUCCCAGCAUUAAAUCCACAAUCUACCUUGCAUAAAAUCCUUAUUUGGGGUGGAAGUUCAUCGGUUGGCUCUUGUGCUAUCCAACUAGCCAUUGCAGCUGGCUUCAAUGUCGUUACUACAGCUAGUUCGAGGAAUCAGGCGUAUGUAAAAAGCCUUGGGGCUCAACAUGUCUUUGAGCACGAUGACCCGGAGGUCAUCAAAAAGAUUACGGCUAUCUUACAACCAGGAGAUCUGGUAUUUGAUUGUAUCGGAAGUGACGAUGUCCGGGAAAUAUGUACAGAGAUCCUUCAACAGAUUGGGGGUGGAACACUCCCAACUGUCCGGUGGUUUACACCGAGCGAGACCGGAAAUGUGAAGGUUGAGUUUGUCAUGGGUCUCGUCCCAGGACUUGUUGAUACCAACAUCGGAGACGCAGUUUGGGGAAAUUAUAUAACAAAGGCUCUGGAAUUGGGGAAAUUCCAAGCUAAACCUGAUCCAUAUGUCAUCGAGGGUGGCCUUGAGAAGUUACAAGAUGGAUUGGACAUGCUCAAGCGGGGGGUUUCUGCGCAGAAAAUAGUGGUGGAAAUUGCCAGGGCAGCUUAA